ACACACGGUCGUUUUAUAUACUUCACUCCUGCAUAGUUGUCUUUCUUCUGCUCCCGCGCCGUUUGUAAACCUUCUCUGCUUCACCUCGUGACAAUGGUGAGGGUUAGUGUCUUGAAUGAUGCUCUGAAGAGCAUGUACAAUGCUGAGAAGCGGGGGAAGCGCCAGGUCAUGAUUAGGCCAUCCUCAAAAGUGAUUAUAAAAUUCCUUUUGGUGAUGCAGAAGCAUGGGUACAUUGGAGAGUUUGAGUAUGUUGAUGAUCACAGAGCUGGAAAAAUUGUUGUUGAGUUGAAUGGUAGACUGAACAAAUGUGGGGUUAUUAGUCCCCGUUUUGAUGUGGGUGUCAAAGAGAUAGAAGGUUGGACUGCUAGGUUGCUCCCCUCAAGACAGUUUGGGUAUAUUGUUUUGACUACCUCUGCUGGUAUCAUGGAUCAUGAAGAAGCUAGGAGAAAGAAUGUUGGUGGCAAAGUUCUUGGUUUCUUUUACUAGUUUAGUUUCCUUUGAAGAUUUUGCACUACUUUCAAUUUGAGACUCAUCGGUUGUAAUGAACCAUAUGCUGGUCCCGUAGUAUUAUUAGUAUAGCAUAGCAGGAGCUGUUUUUCUGGUGUGCUUUGUUUUGUUUGCAAAACCAAUUUGGUCGCUAUGAUUUAUCUGAUUUCCUUCUUUAUUUUUCUUUUGCCAAAAUGUAUUGGCUGAAAUGACUCAUGUGGCCGCAUUAGCGAUGAUUUAAUCGGUAUUAUUAUUACUAUACCAGCGGGAAUUAUGAUAUUGCAUUGAUUUGUAUUCUCAACCAUUGUUUUUUAUUUCAAAUAGCGUGUCUAAAAUUAUUUUUC